CUAGGUUGGCAGCCCCGGUGGUUUGUUUUAGACAAUGGGAUAUUGUCAUACUAUGAUUCACAGGAUGAUGUUUGCAAAGGCAGCAAAGGAAGUAUAAAGAUGGCUGUGUGUGAAAUAAAAGUUCAUGCAACAGACAGCACAAGAAUGGAGCUAAUCAUCCCAGGGGAGCAGCAUUUCUAUAUGAAAGCAGUUAAUGCAGCCGAAAGGCAAAGGUGGCUGGUAGCACUGGGGAGUGCAAAAGCCUGUUUAGCAGAUACCAGAACAAAAAAAGAAAAAGAAAUAAGUGAGACCAGUGAAUCUCUUAAAACCAAAAUGUCCGAACUUCGUCUCUACUGUGAUCUUUUAAUGCAGCAAGUUCAUACAAUACAGGAAUUUGUUCACCGUGAUGAGACUCGCUCUCCUCCCAGCAUUGAGAACAUGAAUGAAGCCUCUUCCUUGCUUAGUGCCACAUGUAAUACCUUUAUCACCACACUUGAAGAAUGUGUGAAGAUCGCUAAUGCCAAGUUUAAGCCAGAAAUGUUCCAGCUGCCUCACUCUGAUCCCUUAGUUUCUCCUGUGUCACCAUCACCUGUCCAAAUGAUGAAGCGUUCCAUUAGUCACCCUGGUCCUUGCUAUUCGGAAAGGAGUAAUCACUCUGCAAAAGAACCUAUUUCAUCCCUUCACCGAUUUUCACAGCGACGCAGACGAACAUACUCGGAUACAGAAUCUCACAGUGAUACUGCCUUUGAGGAUUCUCAGAGAUCUGCUCACUGUUCUAGAAGUGCUGUCAAUGGAGACCUGGUAUCAUCAACCAUUCCUGAAGAAAAUAGAUCAGUAUCAAAGGAAAGAUCAGAACUGGAAGAGACUCUUUCAUCCUUUUCUUCUUGAAGAAACUAAAAGUAUUUAAUUUUCUAUAAAUAAUGCUAUGCAAAGGCUGCUGUAAUUAUAUUGUUGUUAUAGAAAGUAGUCAUUUCCCUUUUUAGAAGGAUUUCUCUGCACUUUAUAGAAUAACAUAAAAACUAUCUUUGAAGUGUAUUUUAUCUUUAUAUAGUUUAUUUGCAAGAGUAUUUUCCUAAUAUUUCACAGUUUGAAUGUGCAUUUUUUGGAACAAAUGAUGGCUUAACAGACAAGCAUCCACAUUUGUAAAUAUAGCUCUUUUUUAAAAAGUGUGAAGGUCUAACUGA